CUGGCAGUAAACGUUUGUAUUCGAUACAGUCAACGCGUGUAUUCUGUUUUAUUUAUCGCAUUUAAAAAUAAAAACAUUAUCGCGAACAAACUUGAUAAUAUUAUAAACAGUGACGUGCAAAAAUUUUUACAAUCAGAUCUGUUUAUCAGAAUAAGUUUUACGCGCCAAUUUACGUCGCGAGUUAAUAAUACUACUCGAGUACAAAGUUCUCAAUGAGUAAAUGUUAUCAAAUUCAGUGACGAUUUGUUUGUGUUGUGAUAAAUGUUUGGAUGUUUACGAUUUAGUGCGUCGAUGUAUGAUACGAAAACACAUUUCAAGGCGCAGCUGGGUUCUUGGUGCACAGUGUGAUGGUAGCAGGACGUCACUCCUCGCUUGCUCAAUUGCUUCUCGGCAUCUGCUUUCUCUCACAUGUGGUGGAGGAUUCUGGCGUGCACUCUGUUGCUCGCCAGCCUUAUUAGAGGCGAAAACACAACUAUCAUCAAAGAAACGUCAUUAGCGGUAACAGCAUGCAUACCAGGAGGAGAAGACGUUGCACCAGCUUUAGCAGAGCUAGGUGCUCUUAUCAUGAGAACAGCUGGAGUCAAAGCACACGCUGUUCCCCCUCCAGCAGAAUGCUGGUCACCAUACAGAGCUGACACAGAGAUGUGCCGAAUUGCCACUAUCAGGCAGCUAAUUGAGGCCAAAAUCAAUGUAGUAUUUCUAUCAUUGCCGACAGCAAAUUUAUUGCCAACCAAUUCAUUGCACGAUUUUGGAUUGGAUGAUCUUGGUGAUAUAUCUGUACCGACUAGAAGAGUUUGUCUUGCUGCACCUCCAGCCAGAUCUAUUCUGGACUUUGCUGACUCGACUAUUGCAACAAAAUAUCAUGUUUCUAUGGCUGAAAUAGUUGGUUCGUUUACGAAUGACAAUAAGUCGAAUGAUAGUAUAUUGUUACCAGAAAAAUUCACAUCCUUAAAACCGGAAUGGUGUAACUCGACAGAAUGUGCUAUAAUAUUUACAAGUGAUGAAAGCGAAGGACUACUUUUGUUUGAAAUUGUACUCACCUAUAAACUCUACAGCAUUGUGGUACCGUUAGGAGCAGAAGUGUAUAGAAUAGCCACUUCGUUUGGAAACCGAGCAUUAUUAUGUGACUGGGCUCCUAAAUAUAAGGAUCUAGCAAAAAACUUAUUCCCACUCGGUCCUCCGCCAUGUAUAGACUCAGACGCAGAUAGGUGCUACUUCGAAAGUCGCCGAUUAGUGAAAUUGAUAAAUACAAGGGCUCUAGCCAGAUCGCCAGCUGCAGUUAGAGCGUUGAUAAGAUUGAAUUUAAAAGUGUCCGAGAUUCAUGAAUUAGCUGAAAGGAAGCGUAUUAAAGGAGCCCAGGAUGCAGCUUUGGAGUUUCUUUCAGCACAUCCAAUAAGAAAUGUACACUUGGAAGUCCGGGUGGCUGUGCUAAUACCAAAGACAACGAAAAAAGAAGUGUAUGAUGCAUCAGCUCUUGCCGCGGCGGCGGCCUUAGCCGAAGCAGAUCUAGAGAAGGAGUCCGUUGGAAUUGCAAGAUUUAAGGUAGAGACUUACGAUGAUCAUUGUGACGCAGCCCGAGCUUACCAAUACAUGAUCGACGCACUCGGUACAGGAGAGUACAGCAUGCUUUCUGCCGUGGUCGGUCCGGCUUGUGGCUCCGCGUUCGCAGACGUAGCACGCCAGGGCCCAACGCAUGGUCUGCCAGUCCUUGCGUACACCGCUCAAGUUCCUACAUCUCCUGCUGCACCAUUUGCUCUGCUAGCUGCCGGUGACGCUCGCCUGGCAGCAUCAGCGCUCGCUGCUCUCAUGUCCCAUCUGGGCUGGCGCCGAGUGGCUGCCGUGACUGAGCCAGCUACUCGAUCAGCUCUGUCCACGGCCAGCCUUGGUGUCGACUUUAUCGUUCCACUCGACCUACCCGAAGACAGAACAGAUCUGGAGCCAGAUAUAUUCUCAUCGUGGGCAGAGCGUGUUGUACGGAAAAAUGCUCGUAUAAUAUUGGUAUAUGUUGAAGACGCUAGAGCAGUACGAAGCGUCCUCUGUGCGGGUUACAACGCUAGUCUGACACCAGAUUCUGGCGCUGUGUGGAUGUUGCCAGCUACUCUCCCACCUAACUGGCAUAAACCUGGACCCUAUGACAAAUGCUCCGCAGAACAACUCGAGCAGAUGAUCUUGGGCCAUAUUUCUGUUGCAUCUGAAUGGCUGAUAAACUGGUCGAGUGAGAGAUCACUUAACACAAGUUUAUCAAAUCAAACCACAGCCUGGGAGAGUCGAUGGAAGCAACAAUGCAAUUUUCUUAAAGUACAAUGCGUUGAUCCCGGGCCUCACGCCAUGCUACUCUACGACACCGUCACACUCUGGGCUAACACGCUCAAACAGCUGAUAAAUGAACGACCAACAGCAAUGGAUGAUUUACAUGAUACUAGAUUGAUAAGAUCUCUUGUUAUGAACGCAACUUUAACCAACUAUGUGGGACUUACCGGACAGUUUAACUGGACUCGUCUUGGUACAGAUUCUGAAGAUGCCGCAUACGCAAGAAAAUCGCCAUUAAUUUUAUAUCAAUGGGAUGGGCACAGGCGUAACGUUAUAGGCAAAUGGCUUGAUAACACAUUGGAUGUACAAGAUCAUUUAAUUAAAUGGUAUACCUCAGAUGGACAUAUGCCUGAUGAUGGGGGAGAAAUAUGCGGAAUACAACCUCUGGCAGAUUUUCUGAGUACUGAUUGUCGAGCCGCUUUUUUUCUACUUUUAUCUAUGCUAUUAGCUUUAACAGUGGCGGCAAUAACUGGUCUCGCUUAUUAUUGUAAGCGACGAGCUGAACGUAAAUAUAGAGUACGCUUAGAAGCUCUUCGACUAAGAUCCCUUCCAAAAACAAUAGGUCUUGAUAAAUGGGAAAUACCCCGAGAAAGGGUCGUCAUUAAUCGAAAGCUUGGAAUGGGAGCAUUCGGUACUGUUUAUGGUGGGCAUGCAUUAAUCGCUGAAGAUCGGGGCUGGACUGCCGUAGCCGUUAAAACAUUAAAAGCCGGUGCAAAUACUGAGGAGAAAUUAGAUUUUUUGUCUGAAGCUGAAGCAAUGAAGCGUUUUGACCACAAAAACGUAGUACGCUUACUUGGAGUUAUAACAAAGACUGAACCGGUAUGUACUGUAAUGGAGUUUAUGUUGUAUGGGGACUUGAAGAAUUAUUUGUUAGCCAGACGGCAUUUAGCAAUGGCUGAUACCAGUGAUGAUCCUGAAGAACAAGUCUCUGCUAGACGUCUGACCGGGAUGGCCUUAGAUGUGGCUAGAGCUUUGUCUUAUUUAGCACAAUUAAAAUAUGUUCAUAGAGAUGUUGCAGCUAGAAAUUGCCUAGUUAGUGCUAGAAGAGUUGUUAAAUUAGCUGACUUCGGUAUGACUAGACUAGUGUUUGAAAAUGACUAUUAUAGGUUUAGCAGAAAGGGAAUGUUGCCGGUUCGUUGGAUGGCACCAGAAAGUUUAGCUUAUGGGGUGUUCUCACCUGCUUCUGAUGUGUGGUCAUUUGGUGUGCUUUUGUACGAAAUUGUGACAUUUGGUGCUUUACCAUUCCAAGGACUUAGUAACAGCGAAGUGCUUACUAAAGUAAAAGAUGGAGAGACAUUGGCUUUACCAGCUGGACUCAAACCACAAUUGGAAGGUCUAAUAAAAUCGUGCUGGAAGACGAGCUAUAAAGCGCGUCCAACCGCUUCAGACGUGGCCGCCUUUCUGGCCGAUUCACCACGUUUACUCACACCCUGUCUGGACAUACCAUUAGAUUCCCUGCCACUCGACGCGGACUCUAUAUGGCGAAUGCCAAAAGAUAGAGCAGAGGCCCGUUGGGUGUCCUGGGCAGCACCAGCUUCAACAGCCACCGAUACAACGUAUCUAAGUACAGAUGGAGUAAGAGAAAACGAUCGAUUCCUACCAUAGACACUUGUAUAUAUGAAAACAAUGACAUCUGAAAUCUUUGUAUUUUUUUUUAAUUUGAUAUUUGAAGACUUCUUAAGUUUAACGUUUGCAGUCUGUUAAGAUUCAGUUCUGUCUACCCACACUAAAUCUAGGGUCGCUUUGUAAUGCACUAUGAUUGUGAUAUAAUUAUCAAUUAUGGAUACAUAGAUUAUAACGUUUUACAUCUGUUGAGACCAUAGACUUAUAUUACUGAAUACUAGCGUAAUACACAAACACUCUCCACAUUAUGGCGAGACGACAUUUAAAAUUCAUGUUUGCUGUUUUUACAGAUGUGUUAGCGAGUUAGUGAAGUGUGUAGUAUUUUGCUUUUGGUCAAAUUUAUUCACGGAUACAAUAUUUUAUUAUCUUACACAUAUUUUUAAGCUAUUGCAUAGCUUCUAUCGCGGGCCUUGAGCGUUGAGACUAAAUCCAGAAAUUCCGUAACGAAAAUAACCUAACACUUACUUACUAGAUGUAUAUAGAUAUUUCGGCACAGUCAUUACAAUUGCCGUGGAACAGCGGUUAUCAGGUAUGCUUUUUGUGCAGAAGGUCCCAGGUUCGAGCCUGGGGUACAUCUUGAUUUUUUUUAAUUUCUUUAUUUUUUUUAUCACGUUUUUUUUAAUUUUUAUUAUUAUGACAAGCAUUUUUAUUUAGUUUCACCUGUCCCGUUGUCUGUCUGUAAUCAAAUCUUGCAAGAUAAAUUUUACCCGUUUGCUUUUUUUAAAAUUAAUUUUAUCAAAAAAAUAAUACUGCAUAAAUAAAAUAAAUAAAUAAUUAUAAUUGCAUAAGUUGAUAAAAAAUGCUAUGCAAUAGCUUUACCGCGGCAGUCCCCGAGUGCCACACGUCUUUUUUUAAAUUAAUAUAAUCCUUGGAAAAUAGAGUGUUUACUAUUAUUUUUGUGAAUAUGCUCUACGAAAAUAAACACCACGAAAGUAGUAUUGAAAAAUCAGUAUUUACCUGUGAAAUGUUUCUUUAUUUGGAUUGUUGCUGUAUAUAACAACAAUCUAGUACAGAACACGACGAAAUUAUAUUUUUAAUUAAUAUCCGUUAAAACACAGUAUAAUUACCCUAAAACACUAAAAUUUAUCACACAUUAUUACACGGUCCAAUUUGACAGGAGACUAAUGGAAACUAAAUUGUUUAAAAAUAGUUUCACGGUCCAUCUAUUCCGUCUCUUUCUCACAUUUAGGUUGUCGUGUAAGGAUAGUUAUCUCACUCUCACACAGGGUUCGUCUUUUACCCUAGUAUACUAAGUUUAUGGUUGAGACUGGCACAGCCACCAACAUCAGGAGACAUUUUUCUAAGCUUUUUUAUUAACAUUGAAUGUAAUUUGACAAGGAUCUUCUGAUUCUCUAUAUUUAACAAUUUUCGAGACAAUUUAUUGAAGUAGGCGUUACUUUGCGGAAAUCCAUAAUUAUACAAAGGAUUUAAGUUUUCUUUAGUGUUAAAUCCGCCAAUAUUUGUUUUUAAACAAUUCGACACGUGUUUCGCCUCUACACGAGGCAUCCUCAGGUCAGUAAUAUAUUCCAUACAUGUGAAAAAGGAUUUCGCUUAUUUAAGCGUAAUGUGUCAGAGCAAUUAGAAAUAAUAAAACAUGUUUACAUUGUUGAAUAAACAAACAAAUUUAGACUCAUCACCUUUGUUACGUAUCUCUUCCGGGGGUAAUACGUCACAACAGCCGACCAAUCACAGCGCGUCAUUUCAUGGGAUGAGGGUAUAAAAGAGCGGCUUCCGGCUCAUUUGAUUCAGCCUCGUGCCAGAUUUUGGCGAGACAACACGUCCUGAGGAUGCCUCGUGUAGAGGCGAAACACGUGUCGAAUUGUAUAAAAACAAAUAUUGACGGAAUUAACACUAAAGAAAACUUAAAUCAUUUGUAUAAUUUUCGAGACUUAUUUAUCUAUAUCUCUCUGUUCUGAAAACACAAGCUGCCGCCAAGUCGUCCAAGAAAUUAGGUACUAUAAAUUUUUCAUACAAACUGGAAUAAGACAUUUUAACCAAUAAAAUUGGGGCUAUUUUAAUCUUAUCAAUUUAAGUCCAUAUUUUUCCCUUAUUAUGUGUCAGUGUAUUGUCACGUAGUAUUAAUGUAUACUUAUAUAAUCUAGACGGGACAAAGAACCACCCUAAACCAAUCUGAUUACCGAAGUAAUGCAAUUGCAUGUUUUGGACUUUCGAUAACUAACCCAAUAUUCGCGAUAAGAAGUAUAGAAUUUAUUGUUAUGCAAUUUAGCGUAAUUUUACCUAAGAAUUUCGACUGAUUAUGAUUUCCUUUCAAUAUGAAAUGUAAGUUUUAUCACAUUUCAUUUCAUAAUGUACAAAUUAAUAUUUCAGGUUACUUGUCGAAUACUUAGUCAAUAGCAAUACUAAAUAACUAGAUAUUAAGACGGGUGUAUUAGUUACCACAACAAACUUAUAACUUAAUAUAGUACGUACAUACCUAGUUAUAUUAUAUACCUAUUACAUAAUUUCAAUUUUAAGAGUUUCUUGCGCCGCUUCUUCUCUCUCGGAGCGCCAUUUGUUUCCGAAGCGGUAGUAGUAUCUAGUAUAUUAGAAAUGACAUCAAAAAAAUUCUAAAAGAAUCAAAUUUGAGAAAAUGAAUGCCUUUUUAAUAAAUCAGUAGGUACUUAAACUUCAUACUAGAGUGCCCGAAUACAACUCACGCACACAUACACAUGAUUGCCGCUAAGCAAUCUUGGGAAUACGAAACUAUCGAGUGCCACGCCGCCGAGACUGGUCGCUGACCGAGUUAAAUCCACUGCGCCGCGCCGUCAGAUUAAUCAAUCUUUAUGAAAUUAAAUUUUAUUUGGAUGAAACAUUGUAGUUAAGAUAUUAACAUAAUAUUAUGAAUAAUACAAUAUGUUUCGUUAAAUGACAUGCAUAAUGUGUUAUAGAGUAUCUUAGUACCAACACACUACUGUUAUACUGAAACAUGUCGGAUUUCACAAUUAAUUUAAUAAAAUAAAAAUUUAAAGAUAUUGUAUUAUAAGAUGUAAAUAAUUUAUUAAUUGAUUUAGUACCUAUGUAUAAUGUCAACAAAUUUAAUCUCACAAAAGUAUAUUAUAAACAUUCACACACACAAGUAUAUAUAUUCAUUUUGUAAUGAAAAAUUAAUUUAAUUAAUUUAUGUAUGUGCCAACCCUAGCGCUCCACCCACAAGAAGGUAUAAAUUUCAAGGAGACCGCUAAGUUAAGCUACUGUUCUAUAACUUGUAUUGUACUUGUAGCUGUAAGCUGCCCGCGACGUGGUACGCGUAGAAUGUAACAGGAUGUAUAAUUAAAUUAUUAAAACUUUCGUGAGUCAUUAUUAAAUUAUUUAUUAGUUAUUAGACUAGUAUCGGGCCAUUCGCAGGUCCUUCAUCAGGGUGAGUGUGGUGGGUUCGCUAUAACGUCCCACCUCUUACUGCGGACCUGGGCUCGCAGUGCGCGGCUGGACAGGGCGGGGUGAUGACGAGCACGGUAUCACUGACACUGUAUCACUAUUGGUGUCCACGGGUGCACAGAAUGUACUCACAAUGUCCACCACUACGUGAUCAUCGGCACUAUGGGUCUUAGGGUGUACAAUAAUAAUUACCUAUUAGUAAUAUUGCAAAUGAUAAGUAUUAAUUAUCAAUUGUAAGUAUAUUUUUAAGAUUUGUUUUGUUUGAGUAAAUUAUAUUAUAAGGAGUGUAAAAAAUUAACAGUGUGAUUUGUAAUGUAUUUUGAUACAAUUGUGUUCUUAUAAGAUAGGCAAAUUGAAAUUGACUAAAUAAAUUAAAAACAUCUUAAUUUAUUCACAUCAAGAUGUUUUUAAUAUUACUUUUAUUAUUACUUUAAUUAAGCCUUAGUUGGACGUAGUUCCUGAAAAACGUUCCAAGCCACAAACAUCACAUUUUAAGGAAGUCGCGUUUAAAGUUUAAUGAACAUUAGUGUAUUCCAUACAUGUGGAUUGGGCUACUAAUUCAUGGUGUCAUUCAAAGAGUGACAGUAGGGAUGCCAUUAUUUGUCAGUCCGUUAAUGUGAAUCACGUGACCAGUUUUGCGUUCUUAAAUCAAUUUCGUCAUGAUUGUGGUUUGGAACGUUUUUCUGGAAUUACAAUUUCUGGAAUUCCAGUUAAGCUAUGGAAUUUUAUAAUUGAGUGGCUAUUCUUACCUUUAUAUAUAUUUGUUGAAGCCAAAUCUAGUAAUAAAUAUUUAUAGUUUAUACUGAUUACAUUCCGAAACAAUCUAGUCAUUAGAUUUAGUUUUUCUUAUGUACCUAUUAUAGUCUCAAAUUUAAUGUGUAUGAGGUGUGUGAAUCAUUUGUAUGAAUGAAAGAAAUAUAUUUUGUUUAACA